AUGUACCUGUCCAACCUGCUGGUUCCUCUUUUGGCUGAGUUCGUUGUCGUCAGUGGUCGGACUGGGCCGGUCGGGCCGGGUAUACCAUGGCGUGGGUUAUAA